AUGUGAGACUGAAAAGCCGUGAUAAAGAAUGCAGAUGUGUCAGAGGAGAUGCAACAGGACUUGGUAGAGUGCGCUCCUCAGGUGCUGCAAAUAUACAGCAUAGAUAACGUUGCCACUCAUGUGGAUAAGGCGUUUGACAAGAAGUACAAUCCCACCAGGCAUCACAUUAUGAGGAGGGACUUCGGUAGUUACAUGACACAUGGAACCAAAUACUUUAUCUACUUCUACCUCGGUCAAGUGGCCAUUCACCUGUUCACAUCUGGCUAA